GACCCCGCCCCCGGCUUUAUCCCCGCCCCCGUGUUGUGGCUGCGGAUGGCAGCAUGCAGGGCGCGGAGCGCAGAGUCCGGGACCCGGGGGGAAGAGCGGCCUGGAAGGGGCACAUCAUCCGGGAGCUGCGGCGCCGGGACCGAGCCCAGACCGGCGUCUUCCAGGAGCUGAUCCAGUCGUACAAUAAACUUCUGGAAAAAUCUGUUUUUCUGAAGGACUUGACAGAAAAAAUCCAGACUGAGCCUGUCCUGUUCCCGGGGGGCCACCAUGCUGCUAGGACCCUCCCGGAGGGGGUGCACACUGCUGGAUCAGACGCCUCCCCCACCCUACAGAAGGAGAUUUCGGCGCUCAGGGACUACAAUGGAGAGUUGGCCUUUCAAGCCUGCGAGCUGAAGAAGGAGGUGCAGGAGCGGGAGCAGGAGCUGCAGCAGCAGAGGUCCAGCAUCUCCUUCCUCGCUGCCCUGGUGGACGAUCACAAAGAUCAAUGUCAGUGCCUGGAGAAGGAGAUGGUCCAGAUGGUCUGUGCCAAUGCCGACCUGAAGGAAGACUAUGACCAUCUGCUAUCGAAGCGCCUCCUACUGGAGGGGCAGCUUCACGAGGCCGAGGAGGAGCAGCGCGACCUCAUUGAGGCUUUGACCAUGAAGAAAGUGAUGGAAGCGGAGCAGCAGAACAGCAUCAACGAGAGGAGAAAGGAUGAGAUGUGGAGCCGCAUAGUCAAAAAAGCCUUGCGCAAGACAGUCAGCGCCGAAGGAAUAGAGUCGGACGACUCCUCGCAGAUCUUCGUGUCCGUGUGUUGGCCUCCCGCCCUCCCGUCCGUAUCGGUCGCGCUGGAUGUUUGUCAAACGCGCUCUAUGAAUUUACAUGAUUUAAGCAGCAUGGGGAUGACCGGCAACCAAGAAUUAGAGAAAUCUUCCCCCAGGACAUGCAGGUCUCAGUCUAUGAUUUCUUUAGGUCCUUCAAGAUUCAUGGGAGCAUUAAGAAGCUUGUUUGAUUUUCGGAAGACCCCAGAUGAUUGCAGUGUGGAUGGCGAGUGGUAUCGCCCGUCGCCCGUGUGUGUGAUCUGCUGCCCACCGAAAAGAGCCAUCUAUAGCAAGGAGGUCCAUGACUCUGAAAUUCACGCGGUCAAGUUCAGCCCCAACUCCAGGAUGGUGGCCACCGGAGGGGCGGACCGGGUGGUGAAGAUCUGGGACAUUGUAGGAGGGCAGCUCCAGUGCCAGCAAGUGCUCCAGGGGAGUAACGGAGGAAUAACCAGCAUUGAGUUUGACCCCUCGGGGGUGCAGGUCUUGGCCGCCUCAUUUGAUGGAUCGGCUCAUCUGUGGAAGCUGGACACCAAAGCCAACGACAAGAUGACCGGGCACACGGGGAAGGUCACGGCCGCCAAGUUCAAGAUGUCCACCUACCGUGCGGUCACCUGCAGCAUGGACCGGACCGUCAGGGAGUGGGACCUGCAUAAAGCAGCCUGUGUGCGGUGCAUCGCGGUGCCCUCGUACUGCAGCGACGUCGUCUGCUCCGACUCCCUCGUCAUCAGCGGACACCACGACAAGAAGAUCCGCUUCUGGGACACCAGGUCUCAGCUCUGCGUCCGGGAGGUGACGCUGGAGGAGAAGGUGACCUCCCUGUACAUGGAGCCGGAGCAGACGCAGCUUCUGAGCUGCUCGCGGGACGACGCCCUCACCCUGCUGGACCUGCGGACGGGGGGCGUGCGGCUGGUGUUCAGAGCCGACGGCUUCAAAUGCGGCUGUGACUGGACCAAGGCGAUUCUGAGCCCGGACAACAGUUACAGUAUGGCCGGCUCCUCUGACGGGACCAUCUUCAUAUGGAACACGAGGACUGGACUUCUGGAGCGGAGUCUGACGGGGGAGCACAGUACGGCAGUGAACGCCGUGGCCUGGUCCGUGUCCGGGGACUAUGUGCUCAGUGUGGACCGGGGGAAGAAGGCCGUCCUGUGGAGCGAGUACUGACAAGGGAAUGGCGGAGUCAAGACGUGACGCCCGGAGCCUCCGACUGCUGCAGCACAAAACCUGCCGCCGGCCGCCCACUGACAGCCACUAUUCCUGGGAAAAGGGAAGCGCCGUGGACAAACGCACAAUGUAGCAGAGCUGAAUUUAUUGAGCUGUUUUAUAUAAUAUAUACUGUAAUAAAUCUGAUUUUAACACUAAGUACAGAUCAUGUUACAUAGGACUGCCAGAAACACAUACUACAGCACUAACAGGAUAAUACAUCUGAAUACAGAUAAUGUAGAGCUGCAGUCCUAUGUAACACUAUAGAUAAAACAGUGAUACCUCUCUGCCUACAGAUAAUGUAGGAGAUGUCACCUGCAGUCCUAUGUAACACCACAGAUAACACAUUGAUAACUCUCUGAGUACAGAUAAUCUAGGAGAUGUCACCUGCAGUCCUAUGUAACAGCCCAGAUAACAGUGAUACCUC